AUGGCAGAUACCGCAGUCGCCGAGCCGUCAUCGGCGCCCAUCUCCAACGCCCCUCCAGACGAGGGCGCGCCGCCGCAAGAAGGAGAGCAACAGCUCCAGCCAGUCAAAAAGACCAAACUCAUCCGUCGCAAGAAAAGACCAGCGCGCGUGCAGGUCGACCCAUCCUUCGUCAAGAAUCUUCAGCCGCAGCAGGAUUCCGGGACGAUGUUCAACAUCUGGUACUCGAAGUACGAAGGCGACCGUGUGAAUGGGUCUUUCUUUUGUUUGCACUUUGCCCGGGGGACUUGCCCGAACGGCGCGGAGUGCCAGUAUCUUCAUAGAGCGCCCACUGUCAUGGACAUUUUCAAUCCCAAUGUCGAUUGCUUCGGCCGCGACAAACACUCAGAUUACCGAGAUGAUAUGGGUGGCGUUGGAUCUUUUAUGCGGCAGAAUCGCACGCUUUACGUUGGCCGUAUCCACGUUACGGAUGAUAUCGAGGAAGUAGUGGCGAGGCAUUUUAGCCCAUGGGGACAAAUCGAGAGGACACGCGUAUUGACGGGCCGUGGAGUGGCUUUCGUAACCUACACAAAUGAGAGUAACGCUCAAUUUGCUAAGGAGGCAAUGAGUAACCAGAGCAUGGAUCACGAGGAGGUUCUCAACGUGCGCUGGGCGACUGUUGACCCGAACCCGAUGGCUCAGAAACGCGAUGCUCGCAGACUAGAGGAACAGGCUGCUGAGGCGGUGCGGCGAGCACUUCCAGAGGCAUUUGUGGCUGAGAUUGAAGGGAGGGAUCCGGAUGCAAAGAAGAGGAAGAAGAUUGAGGGCAGUUUCGGCCUGCAGGGCUAUGAUGUUCCGGACGACGUCUGGCAUGCUCGGAAUCGGCAGUUGGAGGAUGCGAAGGCUGCGGCUGGUCAAUUAGAAGCGCCGGAGCAGCCGCUUAUGAUUGAAAAUGCGGGUCAACAAGCCGCGCUUCCUGAACCGGAAUCUCAGAGCGGCGGUAUCUUCUCCAGCUCGGCUGUCGCUGCGUUGCGCGGUCUUGCGGGUGGAACGGUCACGACUCAGUCUGCCCCCAAGUCUGCUGGAGGACCGUUAGUCGCCUACGGAAGCGACGAUGAGAGUGACUGA